ACAGAAAACUUCAGACUGACGAUGUUUCCUCUAAUGUCUCUGACCUCCAGGUGCUGGAGCCGCGCUUCAACGUGGAAGCUCUCGCUCUCCUGCUCAACAUCCCCCCCAACAAAACCCUGCUGAGACGCCACCUGGCCACGCACUUCCACCUGCUCAUCGGCUCAGAGGCUCAGCGGCUCAAACAAGACUGUCUGGAAAACCCCGACUACAGCGUCCUCACUGCCACGGCCAAGGUCAAGCCUCGACGACUGUCAUUCGGUGGGUUUGGAACUCUGCGAAGGAAACGUCAGGACGAUAACGAGGAGUACGUCUGCCCCAUGAACGUCGAAAUGCCCAAAAGCAGCAGCUUCCAGACGGGGGUCCGGAUCUACGAGGACACCCUCGACCACUUGGAACAGAUGGAAGACUCUGAGGGGACCGUCCGGCAGAUCGGAGCGUUUUCUGAGGGAAUCAACAAUCUGACGAACAUGCUGAAGGGCGACGAGUUCUUCCAGGAAGUGUCCGCCUGUCAUCCGGACGUCGACGCAGCAGAGACACUCGACAACAUGUGAAGCUUUGGUGGAAAAGAACAAUCUGUGCCAUCGUCGUCCUCAAACCUCCGAGUUAAAGAUCACCUGAGACGUUUCAUCUUUACAGUGAUGUUCAGUGACAGUCUCUGUGGUCAGUGAUAUUUAUUGAAGCUGUUAUAAUGCAUGAACUUCAAAUUCAAGGUUUGCAUUAAUGUACCUGCAUUUAUUUGUAUUACUCAAGUAGUCGGUGAGAUAAACAUACUUUCAAAUGUUCGUCUCGUUUUUAAGAGAUCUCACUCAGUCACAAGUCAAAUUCUAAUUUUGUGGUUAACUUUUUUAAAGUUAAUUCAAAAGGCAUCAAACUGUUUAAUGUUCAGAUUUGUCUUGGCUCUUUUUAAAGAAUUUAAGUGUCGGCAGACGCGUUUUAAAAUAGUUGUUUCCACCUGUAUCAUCCAUUUAAACAAAUCUGAACUCAAACAGUUUGUGGUCGGACUCCACCACAGAAAAUGUUUAACGUUGUGAGAAACUUGUGUAUUUGCUUUCUCACCAGGAACUAGAUUAGAAGAUGAAAAUCACUCAGCUCUGUGUCUAAAAACAGGAAAAACUGCCGAUUCGUCACCUAAAGCUCACUUUGAAUAUUGUUCACUACAAAACGUUCCAGCUCGUGACGUCACUAUGAUCAUUUGUUUUACUUCAGAUUGAACAAACAGGAUGUUUAGCUUCAGAUUUAGCGGAUGUGAGUGAUAUUCAUCUUCUAAUCAACAAAGAUCUUAACAUGCGUGAUGAAACUGUUCAAAACCAAAGUCUUUGUUUCUGAAAUCAACCAAAUGUUUUCUUCUGUUUUUCAAUUUUUGUUAAUAAAAACAAAAAAUAUA